AUCAAAUUCAAUGGUCUUUUAUUCGGAAUUGGAUGUUAUUCCCCAUCACUACCACAUCACCUUCUCAUCCGACAUUAUUUGAUUAUCCAUCAUUUUUACGACAGCUCGACUUACGUUCUAUGUUCAGUUUAAUCAAUGCCUGGUUCGUGAAAACUGCAUCAAACGAAGUACAAAGGCGCUUUAGAGAGAGUGAAAUUUGCAUUAUUUUAAUUUCCAAUAAAUUGCUCGAGUUAUUACUAAGUCAUUGUCCUGCUUUGGAUACAUUAAUUCUUUGGUCCGGAACACCAGAUUACAUUACAAUCACUCAAUCAUUGUCUGGCAAGAGUACCUGUAUCUCUCGAUUAUCAACACUUCAGAUCGAAGGAAAUUAUCAUGAUAUUGAUUUAUUCACAUUAUCACAACAAUGUUUUCACCUAAAAAAAUUAUUAGUAGAUGUUGAGGUUACAUAUCAUGGAAUGAAUAUGUUGAUUAAUCUUAUUCAAGUUCAACAUAAUCUUGAACAUUUUCGGCUUGGUUUUCGACCAGAGAAUAACGGAUUUACAAAUCAUGUUACUCCACGUCUUCUCACUUCAUUAGCAUCUCAAGCUAAAUCUUUACACACUGUUGAAUUUAAUAGAUGCAACUUUCUUGAAUGUGAUGAUUUAAAGGAGCUUGCACAAUGUGAAAAUAUUCGUCAUCUGAUAUUAUGGAAAUGUGUUGGCAUAGGACCGGAUAAGAUGCGUACAUUACAAAAUACAAAUUUUAGUAAAUUGAAAAGAUUAGAACUUUACGUACAUCCUGGAAUUUCUGCUGACAUGGUUAUUAAAAUUAUUCGAGAAUCAAACAAUCAAUUACAAAGUUUACGCCUUGCUGGGAUAACACCACAAUCAGAUUUGCUUAAGGUUUUAGCAGUGAUGACGAUGCAUUGUCAACACCUCACAGAUUGUAGGCUAGUACUCAAAGAUGGAGAUAACAACGCGUUUAACGCUUUACUCUCAUUUUUGGAUGUAUCAAAUAAGUUGGAAAUUCUCUAUAUCACUUUUACUGAUAGGGCUUAUCCUAUAUGUAAAUAUGAAGAAAUGGCAAAGCAUUUACCAACCGGCUUGCAUGAACUUGUAUUCCGAGACUUUUUAUUUACUCCACAAUCACUUGAAGCCUUUUUGGAGAAUAUGAAUACUUCAUUUCAAUCUUUAAGCUUUUCUAAGAGAUAUUUUUCUCCGGCACACAUCGAUGCUAUUAUUAGAUAUGUUAAAAAGAACUCUAAUUUGUUUCGAUUGAUGAAACAUUCUCGAUAUAUGUCUAUAAAAUCAAGAUCAGCACCAU